CUCCUUGAAUUAUCGGUUGACCAAACAGCCCUUGAGGCUGCUGCUGUCUCCACUCUCUCUUGAAUCAAAACCUGCCAAUUUUGCUUUCUAUAAAAAAGGUUAAUUUUAUUUACUUUUUGUUUUUUGUUUUGUUCGAUUUUCAAAAUAAAAAUGGCAACAGCAGCAGCAGCGACAAAGACAAUUUCUCAGAUUUCUUGUUUCUCUUCAAUCAACCGGAGAUUUCAGCUCUAUCAUCGUUCAACUUUUCGUCCGGUUACUCGCUCAAAGUCAUUUGUUGUUACAAGUGUUGAUGGGCAUGGUGCUGAAACUACUGGCAAUCAACUUAAAACUACACCAAGCUAUAUUGCUGGAGAAUCAAAAGCAUUUAUAGAAGAUAUGCCUAGGACAUACCCAAAUGCAGAAGAGCAUGUUCCUGAAAAUACAAGUGAUUUAGAAGAGGAACAUGGUAUCAUCCAACAAAAGAGGGCAGCAAAAAUCCAUGAUUUCUGUUUUGGAAUUCCUUAUGGUGGUCUUGUUCUAAGCGGGGGGCUUAUUGGUUUUAUAUUUUCAAGAAAUACUACUACCUUACUCUUUGGAGGUGCUUUGCUGGCCCUUAGCACCUUCAGCUUGAAAAUCUGGCGGCAAGGAAAAUCAAGUUUACCGUUCAUACUUGGACAAGCAGCAUUAGCAGCAGUCCUUUUCUGGAUGAACUUUCAGACUUACUCAUCGACAAAGAAACUAUUUCCUAAUGCAUUUUAUGCUGCGAUUAGUGCCGCAAUGUUCUUCUUCUAUUCAUAUGUUGUGAUCUCUGGAGGGAACCCACCCCCAAAGAAGAUGAAGCUUUCUGCUGCUCAUUAAUCAUGGCCGUCUUAAUUAUAUGAAUGUUGGAGUUUGACUUGACCUGAGAUUACAGGUAAAUGGGCAUUGUGUUAUUUAUCAAACAAACUGCUGGUUAGCUACAAGUUGAAGUAUUUUUUUUUAAAGAUUAGGUUAAACGGGAGUUAUUCCUCUUCCGUCCCAUAGAUUCCGCCAGAUCCAUCCAAGGGUUCAAUCUCUGAGACUGAGUCUUUUUUAAACUGUUAUGGUGCCUCUCAGGGGACAUGUUAGGCUUUUACUGUGAUAAAUGACAAUGUUUUGUUAUAGCAUUAGUGCUUUUGAUCA